AAAACGCAUCAUACAAUGAAUUUUUAUUAAAUAAAUUCACGCUACAUCUGCUACAGUUUGAGAGGCAUAGUAAAAAAGUUCGUUUUAGGAAAAUGCGAAAACAAAGUGGAACACCCGCCUUUGAAAAAUCCUGGAACCGGCACUGGAGUGACAUGGUAUUACUUUGUAAAUCUAUGAUCGGGGAGGAAGCAAGGAAACAUCUUUGAUAUUAUGUCCAGUUUUUUUAAGGAGGAGGAGGGGGGCAGAGCGCAAUUUAUUUCAUUUGCAAGAGAGGGUAGUAAUUAACUUUUUUUUUUGACUUUUUGGCUCUUUACAACAUGCCCUCCUGAUAAAUAUUUCGCAGUCCCUCGAUUUCUCGGUUUUCCAGGUUAUAGACGUUAACACACUGUACACACUGUAUAUGCUUCGAUUGAGCGAAAAAGCUUUUAUGCACAGAGUAUUAAAGAUAACUUUCAAGAAAAACUAAAAGAUAUUAAUUUUGUUUUGUUAAGCGGGUUACUUAUAAUUGUAAUCAUUUCCUAGAGAAUGACUACGAUAUAAUCACAGUGACAAAGGAGCAACUUUUUGAAUGCCACAAAUAACCAUCAAAUCAAUUGCAAAGACUGAUCCUUAUAAGAAGAUUUUCAUUCCCUUCGAUUAUUACAAAAUGAUUUCAUGAAUAUACCGAGUUGAAAGAAGUCAAAACCCUUUUGAAAACAAUAGAAAAUGGGUGUGCUUGGUCUGGUUUUUAACCUAUAUUUAUGGUUUGAGGCACAAGUAAAAACCGUUUUGAUGGUCUAUUAAACCAUGGUACUACUUAUAUUCCAAUCCUCUUUUCUUUUCCAGAGAGCUUUCCUAAAGGCUUCAGAGGAUGGCUGCAAGUAUACCAUCAUCAUCAUCCUCAUCAUCAUCAUCAUCGUCCACUGUAGUAAAGAACAAGACCAAUUACACUAGACUGUGCAGACUUAUAGUGGACAUUGGAUCAAGAGUGUUGAGAGGAGUCCUUGAUGCCCAACUUYCCCCACCUGCUGAUCUGCAAAGGCACCUCAACUCACCUGGUAUACACAGUAUACUGAAAACAUUAAGAAGUAAAAGAGUUCUGAAUACACAACAAUGGGACAAGCUGUACCCACCAACACCAGGAGUGCCAUCGUCGACGACCUUCGAUAUAACACUGCUCUUCCUUCUCCUAAGGAACACCUGUGGUCUGACUCCACCUACGACAGGAUGGAAUGCUGUCCCUCUACCAGCAGAUAUAAGUAAAGAGGCAGACCUGAUUCGAGUAAAACAAUGUCGAAAUGAGAUCACUGGUCACAGCGCUGUGAUGGAACUUUCAGAUGUUGAUUUUGGAAACCACUGGGCUGAAAUUGAGGCAACCUUGAUAAGACUUGGAGGAUUGCAGUAUGAACCAGAAAUCCAGCGUCUGAAAAUCGAGUCCAUUGACYCAGAAAAUGAAGCCUAUUUGAACGUCCUUAUUCAGUCUUGGGAAGAAGGCGAGGAUAAGAAAUUGGAUGUCAUUAGAGAAGAAAUCAAUCAACUAAAAAUACAACAGUCUACAAUAUUCCAAGAAUUCAAAGAAGAAAUAAAGGCUGAA